AUGAAGGUGUCCGGCCCCUUGGUGGUCGCUGAAAACAUGUCAGGCACGAAGAUGUACGAGGUGGUCCGAGUGGGCAAGGACCGGCUGGUGGGUGAGAUCAUCCGGCUCGAGGGCGACACGGCGAGUAUCCAGGUGUACGAGGAUACCUCUGGCUUGACAGUUGGCGACCCCUUGGUGAAGACGGGCUUGCCGCUUUCCCUGGAGUUGGGUCCUGGAAUCCUUGACGGAAUCUAUGACGGCAUCCAGCGACCACUGGAGCGAAUUCAGCAGCUUGCACAGAGCGUCUUCGUCCCGCGAGGGGUAGAUGUGCCAAACCUGGAUCGCGAGAAGCAGUGGGACUAUACGCCAGAGAACAACAUCAAGGUGGGCGACCUUGUCACCGGAGGUGAUGUCGUCGGCGUGGUUCGAGAGAACGGGCUCUUCAAGAGACACAUGAUCAUGGUUCCCCCUGGCGUGAAGGGACGCGUGACCAAGGUGAUGCCUGCGGGCAAGUAUACAGUCCAGACGGCUGUGGUAGAGGUUGAAGAGUCCGGAAAAGCGAUGAAGGUCGAGCUGUUCCAGAGAUGGCCAGUGCGAGAGGCACGACCUGUUGUGGAGAAGCUCCAGGGUAAGGAAGCCCUGCUUACCUGCGAGCGCGUGGCUUGGAUGGACCAGUUGCCGAAAGGCGUUCUCUCCAUGCUUUCAAUUGCCGGAACGGACAGCGCAGGGCCGCCGGCCCUACAGCCUUUUCAUGCUAUGGCAUCCGGUAGCGUGCUGGAUGGCCUUCGCUUUCAGCGCUUCCUGGCAGAUGAUGACGCCACGGGGGCGCCUGCCUCAACCACUGAGGGCAGGUAUGGAGUACCAAGGUACAACGGAGAUCCUAGCCGUUUGAACGAAUGGAUCUUUCGUGCCCGCACCCUGGAACGCAAGGAGAGCGCACUGACCGAGGAGCAGAAGAAGCUUGGUCCCCUCACCUUGAGGUUGAUCGAGUGCUUUACCGGCCAGGCUCUCAAGAUUGCCCAGGGGCUUGACAUGGCGAAGCUCGAGAAGCCGGAGACCGGCCUGAACUACCUGAUCGACGCCCUGUCUGGGGAGCUUCGCCCACGUCGCCUCCAACAAGCCAGAGAGUUGUAUGAAGCAGGAGCACAGACGGGCGGAAUAUUGGCCCGGCACCACGUGGAGAGUAUGGGACAGUAUGUUCUACGACGCCGAGCGUGGUACCGAGCCAUGGUGGAUCUGAACGAGGAACUGAAGUUGCCCGACUUGAUCCUCUCCGAACAGCUGCUCAACAACGCUGGCUUGACGCCCGACCAGAAGCUCAUGAUACGAACAGCAAUUGGAGGAGACAUGAAGUUUGACAGAGUGGCCCAGGAGCUGUUGGCGCAGCACCCUCAUAUCCAUGAAAGAGCGCUACAGCAUCCCGGCCACCACCGACGACCCUUCGGAGACCUUCGAGGACAUCCUUCGGGACAUCGAGCUGGGUAUGGAAAGGGGCCGAACCACUACAAGGCCGCCCACCAUGGCAAACCACGUUUCCAUGCCUUUACUGCCGAGAAUGACACCGCCGACUACCCGGAGGAGUUCUACUAUGAGGACGCGGCCAACCACGACGAGGAAGCGCAGGGCUAUUUUGGACAAGAAGAUGGUGAUCCUUUGGAGCCCUACGAGAUCGGCACGUUCGCUGAAGAGCACUUGGCUUUCCUCGCCGAGAACGGCCUCGACCUCGAGGACCCGGAGGCUUGUGAGUAUGCAGCGGAGAUGGUGCAGUCUCAGGAAGAGGCUUACUUUGCCGGGAAGCAAGCAAGGACAAAAGGGCACGCCGGGUUUCGAGGACCCCAGUUCGAGCUCUCCGGCAGCUUCACCCUCGAUGAGAAGAAGGCGAAGCUACAGGCUUUGAAGGCCCGCACCACGUGCAAGCGCUGCGAUGCAGUUUGCCCUCUACAGAAGGGCAAGGGCAAACCCAAGGGUGGCAAGGGAAAAUCCUCUACGAGCACAACGAGCACUUCGCCGCCUUCGGGCGGAAAGGGCAAGCCACAUGGAGCGGCUAAGCCCCGCACGGUCUACUUUUCCAUAUCUGAGGAGACCCAAGCUGACCCUUUUGCCAGUCUUGCCCUACGACGCGAUCCACCACAAGAGUUGAAGGCGCUGCCACCCUCCUAUCGUGCCGUGCCACCGCCGACCAGCCUACAGGAGACGACCACGGAUCCGGACAGCCCCGGACACUGGAGCUUGGUGGCCAACGACGAGUACCAGGAGGAGCAGCGGCUAGCGUCAGCAGGGAUAUGGGAGCCCAUGGAGACAGAGGACCACGAGUGGAACCAGCUUGUGCAGGCGCUGGGGCCACCUGACGUGGCCGCACCACUGCCCGACUCCGAGACGAAUGCAACUGGGUGUUCGACACGAUGGGCGGUAGAUGACCUACGUGUGCCUACUGGACCGCCGGCAACGACAUCUACCACCAGCCCACCUGGUCCGAUGACCUCCUCUACUACGACUGUGCCCGGACCAAGGUCUACUGCGAUGCCGACGCCUACGAGACCCUCUACGGCAGUACCUCAGGUGCAGGAACGAGUGCAAUUCCGAGAGUGCACCCAUCGGAAUGUUACCGCAGCCGGCUCCACUGCCCACUACCACCAAACAAAGUGCAAGGACUGCGGUAUGCUGCUGACGCGUACGAAAAGGGACACUGGACCGCCGUCUACGACGACACCGACCUCUACCACAUCGGCCUGCCAGCACCAUUGGGCGACCUGGAAAGGGUCGAAUGGGGUGAUGCGGAUCAGGACCUGCCUCACCUGUGGAUAUCGUGAGCGGUUCAAGCUUGGAGCUGAGGGCGCAACCGCAUCAACUACAACCCCUUUGACUACCUCGCGGCCAGGAACAGCUCAUGAUGGAGUGCAGUUGCAACGCGAGCAGGUGCUGAGGGUGGUGGAUACUUAUGUGCAGCUGAUUCAGCAACGGACCGCGGACAUGGGCGCCACCGUUCCUGUGCAACGUCUACAUGAAGAACUCGACCUUGCGGUAGCAGCCAACCUCACCUGGGCCGAACCUCGGCCCGCUCCUACGUCGGCAUCUUCAGGCUACCCUUCGUCUCCGCCUACUACCUCUGGAGCGGGUAGCUGGACUAUGACAACACCGCCUAGAAUGCCGACAUCCGGAACCGCCGCCAACAGCCACACCCCGGAGAUUCACCGUGGACAUUUACAAGCACGGGGGCAAAAGAUUGUGGAAGCCGGACGAUACAAACACUCCGUCUACGACGUGGCCUACCAGGACGAGAACUGCCGCAAUUGGGUGAUCCAGAACAUCGGAGAGAACAGCCACUCGAGUAUGAAGGCGCUGAAGCAAUACUUCCUUGAGCGCAACGGCUUCCACCGGGAGAACCCGCAGAUGGCCCUCAUGGCAUUUGGAGCGGAAGGGUUUCCCGAGGGCGACUUGGUGGCUAUUCUGGAUACAGGAUGCAAUCAAACCUGCCAUGGAUCAAGAUGGCUGGAGCGCUACAUGAACAGCACCGGCCAGGAUAUGCCCAACCUAGAUGAGAAUGACCUCGGAAGCUUCCGAGGAAUCAACGGACGUGUGAGGAUCAAUGGGACUCGCCACAUCCACCUGUGCCUCGAGCUGGUCAACGGAGGACUGGCCCAGGGCGAUCUGCGCAGCACGGAGCUCUGUGACUCAGACGCUCCACUGCUCCUAUCCGUGCAGGCACAGAAGGCGCUGGGGCUUAUCAUCGACGUGGCCGGCGAGGUCGUGCACUCACAGGCGCUCGGACAAGAUCUCAAGCUGGUGUACAAGGACGGCCUCCUCGCGAUACGGCUUCUACCUGGAGACUUGGCGGAAAUUCCCGAUGAGGAAAUGGAGAACACACCGGAUCUACCACCAUCCGGAGGACCGGAGCCUCCUGCCACCACAACGACCACUGUGCCUACGCCUGCGACGGACUCUACAGGAUGGGAGAUUGUGGACCCGGAGGAGGAACAGCCGGAAUGCGACAUCGGCUACUUCGCGGUGGACAAUGAGCAGCCACACGUCAUGAGCAAGCAGCAGCACACGCGGGUGAAGGAAGGCACAGCGGCUGUACGAGCACGAGAUCGACACCUAUGGAGUCAAGUCCGCCCUUUUCGUCACAGAAGGAGUGCCGAACUGCCGCGAGGGUGCCGCACCUUUCUUCUCGAGAUCUUCGCUGGAGCUGCCAUUUUGACGCAAGUGGCAUACCAGGACUGGGGGCUCCCUGUCUCCAAUCCGGUCGACCUCAACACCGGCUUCGACCUGUUGACCUACGAAGGGAGAAGGACGACCCCUACGCCAUCUCCUUUGCACCUGUGUGUACACCAUGGACGUCUUGGACGAACCUGCUUACAGGAGAGGCUCGCAACAAGGUGA